AUGGCGGAACCAAGAAAACACGAUGCCGAUCAUAUCUCCCUUCCUCGUUCCGGAUCUGAAGAUACGCCUAACAAAUCUAGUCAGGGUCUUCCUUCUCAGGCGCCUGGGAGAAACAACAUUGCUGCUGCUGCCCUCGCUGGAUUAAAAGAUGAGCUCGACUUGAAGGGGAACCAGUUUCCGACUGCGGUUAGCAUCUUGUUUGUAGGAUAUCUACUCAUGCAGGUACCUUCGAAUCUCUUUCUCAAUAAGAUUGGGAAGCCCGCCAUUUACCUUCCAACGGCGAUGGUAAUCUGGGGGGUUAUUUCAGCGGCUACCGCAGGAGUCCAAAGUUAUGGGGGACUCCUCACCGUCCGUUUCUUCUUGGGCUUCGUCGAGGCUGCGUUCUUUAAUAUGGAUGGGGUGCGAGGAUGGCGCGCCUGGCGAUGGUUGUUUCUCAUAGAAGGUGUCAUUACCGUCUUCAUCGCCAUUGGCAUGUACUUUAUACUGCCCAACUUCCCGCGUACGACAACCUGGCUCAGCGAAGAGGAAAAAGCGGUAGCGAUCUGGCGACUGCAAGAGGAUGUAGGAGAGGACGAUUGGGUAAGCAGCGAAGAUCAGUCACUUUGGCGAGGAUUCAAACUGGCAUUAGAAGAUGUUAAGACGUGGGUGCUGCUCCUCCUUGUAUUUUGCAUCGUUGCAAGUGGAUCCAUCACCAACUUCUUCCCGACGGUCGUCAAGACUCUGGGCUACGGUGAUGUGCCGACUCUCCUCCUGACCAGCCCACCUUACGUCCUUUGCUUCAUCGUGACGUGCCUCAACUCGUGGCAUGCCGACCGCACUGGUGAAAGAUAUUUCCACAUCGUAUUGCCUCUCAUGGUUGCCGUUGCCGCCUUCAUCCUGGCAGCGAGUACGACGACGAUGGUGCCUCGGUAUAUCAGCAUGAUGCUCAUGCGGAUAUACAACCUCACUGGCCUGGAUAUCGAACACACUCCCACGACCGCCGGCAAAAAGGGCAGCGGCGCUCGCGUUCAUCAACGCAGCGCGUUUGUACACAAUUGCGUCGCGUGCUUCGUGGCGGCGUGUGCGGCGACGAUCCUCCGGUUGAUUCUGAUGAGGCUGAAUAAGAAGCUGGAAAGAGGGGAGCAUGUCAAGGGUGCCAUCAAUGCUGUUCCUGGCGAGGCGUCUGAGCACGGGUUUAGGUUUAGGCUAUGA